CAACAAACAGGUUUGUAUUUCGUUAAACCCUUCAUCGUUGCAUUCAUCCCAUGUGUUCAUCACAAAUCGCACUGUGACCAAGCAGAACUCGACGCCACAGCUACUAAGUAAGCCGCCACAGCGCUGUCACCUGCUUGUACUACGCCCAACGUCAUCUCACUGCUAAGUCAACAUUGCCUCAACGCGCGCAUUUUGCCAUCAUCAUUAUCGUCAUCAUCAUCACCUUCAAGCACUACCCUCCGUUUCCCUACUCAACAGUCUAAUUCCACAUCUCAUCUCAUCUCAUCUCGCCUCCCCAACCCCCUUCAGUCUAGUCUAUCCAAUCCACAAUGAGCAGCAGCAGCAGCCUCCUCACCGAACCCGCGCAACACCCCGUUCCCCGGUCCAAAGCCCCAUGGACGCUAAAAGCCGAGUCUUACUUCUUGUUCCUGUCGCUGAGAGAAUUGCCGCAGGGCGUGUAUGAUUCGCUUGAGGCAGCGUGGGGGAAAGAGGAGGGGGAAAAGGGUGUAGGUGCGUUUCGGGGCGGAUUGGGCGCCGUGGUCAUUGUGAGGUAUAGUUGGACGCCUGUUGGUCCCUACGAUGAACUGAUGCUGAUCCCCGGAAACUUCACUGUCCCCCAGCCUUCCAAUGGCCCGCCCAAGAUCCCCAAGAAAGCACUCAGAAUAGCCAGAAUCUACGUUUCCCAACGCACCACAGUAUAUAACGGCCGCUUGAACUGGAACAUACCAAAACAUCUGGCGCGAUUCUCCUUCUCUGCGCCCCCAACACUCAAGGGCCAGUCCCCACCGCCGUGUCUGGAUGUCAAAGUCUUCCCGCCCGGAACAAAGGAAGGCGAUGGCGUGAAACCCUUUUUCGCUUGUACAUUGAAGCCGUGGAAAUGGAUGCCCAGUCUACCUGUCAAUACGGCGUGGGUCCCCAUCAGCACCAGGCAUGUCCAGCCGCCUAUUCCUGAGCCUGCGGGCCAUCGCGCGGCCGCUCAAGAAGCUAUUCGAGGCCCGGAAAUUGACCCGUAUGAUGUUAGCUCGAAGGGUGAGGAGUCGCUUUGUGUUGGGACAGAUCGAUGGACGGCGUUUGAUAUCGAGGCCAAGGUCCCGAGGGCGAGGGCGUGUUGGGUUACUAUGGGAGAGGCAGGUUCGGAUGACGAGGGGCGUGCAAGGUACUUUCCUCAGGGACUGCGGCCGUGGAGUGUUGCGGGCUGGCUUGAAGAGGGUGUUUUGGAGAUUACGGAGCCGUUGGAGUGGAAGCUGUAAUGGAGGAAGGCUAAAUUGCUCCCGCGUCCUCGAGUCUGCCAUCUUGAUCAACGCAUCGUAUCAUUUGGGAAUAUCAACAUCACAGAGCUUUCUAUAUUUCUCGGCCAUUAAUUUCACUCGAUCCUAGACUACUUUCGAGUUCUGUACCCUGUCUUUGGCGUCGGGCACGCGCUCCCCUCUUGUUUACAUCCGUCACGGUGAAAGAAACUCUAGUCGCGUCUUUGCGCACUAUUGCCCUGGCCCCAUCCUCACCUCACGCAUUGAUAAGCCUGUAUUUAUUCAGCUUCGCGUACCCACCCGUCUAUCACACCAACUGCUCUCGUCUUCCUCAACUCUGAACACCGAGCACUCAUAUCACUCUCCCUCCGAGCGAUAGUUAAGCUGUACCUUCCUAGACAAAGCCUACAACAGGUGAGUAAGUCCUCAAAUCCAGCCCACCU